AUGGACGUGGUGAAGGCGGCGCAGCUGUCCGGGCGGACGUUGGAGCGGGUGGUGGUGCACCCCUUGGUGCUGCUCAGCAUCGUCGACCACUACAACCGCGUUGCCCGCGACACCCGCAAGCGCGUUGUUGGCGUCCUCCUCGGCACCUCCUCCCGCGGCUCCGUCGACGUCACCAACUCCUACGCCGUGCCGUUUGAGGAGGAUGACAAGGAUCCUAGGAUCUGGUUCCUUGACCACAAUUACCAUGAGUCGAUGUUCUCCAUGUUCAAGAGGAUUAAUGCCAAGGAGCAUGUUGUUGGCUGGUACAGCACUGGCCCAAAACUAAGGGAGAACGACUUGGAUGUCCAUGCGUUAUUCAACAGUUAUGUUCCUAAUCCUGUCCUGGUGAUUAUUGAUGUUCAACCCAAGGAGCUGGGGAUACCAACCAAAGCAUACUACGCUGUGGAGGAGGUUAAAGAGAAUGCUACUCAGAAAAGUCAGAAGGUAUUUGUCCAUGUUCCUUCAGAAAUUGCUGCUCAUGAAGUUGAGGAAAUUGGAGUUGAGCACCUUCUAAGGGAUGUAAAGGACACAACAAUAAGCACACUUGCUACAGAGGUCACUAGCAAGCUUGCAGCCUUGAAGGGACUCGAUGCAAGGCUUAGGGAGAUCCGAAGCUAUUUGGAUCUUGUAAUUGACGGGAAGCUCCCACUGAAUCAUGAAAUUUUGUACCAUUUGCAGGAUGUCUUUAAUCUCCUUCCAAAUUUGAACGUAAAUGAGCUAAUUAAAGCCUUUGCAGUGAAAACAAACGACAUGAUGUUGGUGAUAUACCUGUCUUCUCUGAUCCGGAGCGUCAUUGCGCUUCACAAUUUGAUCAACAAUAAGAUGCUAAACAAGGAGCACGAGAAGGCUGAGGAUUCGAAACCAACUGCCAUUCCUACUGCUGCCGGGAGCUAA